AUGGAUUUCGGGAACGCCCCGAGUGACCAAGAGGGACAGGGUCAGCCGAGCGGCCCGAAAGUGCCCACGCUGGCCAUUGUGCUGACCAUUCGAUUGCUGAUGCAAGGAAAGGCA